AUGAUUCGGUCGCGGAAGUCUCACCUGGUAGCAGGAACUCGUUACUUAUCACACACGUCGCAAAACCUAUCAGAUGCCAACACAGGUCGGCCCGUGAAUAUGUUUUCACCAUGCACUGCCCUGCGCUAACAAAGUCUGCAGGCGAGGCAUCUUUCAAACAUAAUAACUCUCCGAUAAAAGAAGAGGAGAAGAGCCAACCAAACUCGGAAAGCGACAAACCAUCAAAGCCAGAGAAAGCAAAGUCUAUCAGUCAGGCCGACGACGAACUUCGUGAACGUCUUGAGCAAAUGUCCGGCGGAGGUGGAGCCUCUGGCAUUGAAUACGAGGAUGGACAACCCAACACUAUGAAACGAAGUGUUCGGAAUAAUAUGUUCCGCUAUAUUUGAGGGCCCGAUCAGGAGAUGGCAAAACAAAGCCGCAUCACCUCGUAUGAGGACAAA